GGAGAUAAUUGUAGGUUAAUUGUUAUGUGACGUAAUGACUUCAAAUGUCAUAACAAGGUAUGUGUCAAGUGCCAUCCCAUAACUUUUUGAACUUCCUAAACUUUCUGUUUUUGUUAUGGUUUCACUGAUACAGCAGUAGAUUCGUUUUCAUAUUAGAGUGUUUACCAAACAAUUAAAAUCAUGUCCUACCAGGAUGAAGAAGAGGGGGCGACUUUUGAUGGGACUGCAGGCUCGUUCCCUAAAGAUUUCGGGUACGGAUUAUUCGACGGUGAAAGUGAAGGCACCUCCUCGUCAAGCGACCAGAAACCUAGAAUCUUGUUGAUGGGAUUGCGAAGGUCUGGAAAAUCUUCUAUUCAAAAGGUCGUGUUCCACAAGAUGUCUCCGAACGAGACGUUGUUCUUGGAAAGCACCAACAAAAUCGUAAAGGACGACAUCAACAAUUCCAGCUUCGUGCAGUUCCAGAUUUGGGACUUUCCAGGCCAAAUUGAUUUUUUUGACGCUUCCUUCGACUAUGACAUGAUAUUCAGCGGAUGUGGGGCUUUGAUUUUCGUAAUAGAUGCGCAGGAUGAUUACAUUGAUGCUCUCCAUAAACUCAAUCUUACAGUCACCAAGGCGUACAAGAUAAAUCCGAGUAUAAAAUUUGAGGUUUUCAUUCACAAAGUCGACGGUUUAGGGGACGAUUUCAAAAUGGAAUCCCAGCGGGAUAUUCACCAGAGGACUGCUGAUGAUUUAAAUGAUUCUGGUUAUGAUCAAAUCCACCUCAGUUUUCACCUGACCUCUAUAUACGAUCAUUCCAUUUUUGAGGCCUUCUCGAAAGUGGUUCAGAAAUUAAUACCUCAGUUACCUGCGCUAGAGNAACUAGGGUCGAAGAAGGCAGCGAAUUCCGCCAUAGAAAAGUCAUUCCUCUUUGAUGUCGUGUCGAAAAUCUACAUCGCCACUGACUCGACCCCAGUAGAUAUGCAGAGUUACGAGCUGUGCUGCGACAUGAUCGACGUAGUAAUAGACGUUUCGUGGAUUUACGGCAUCAAGGAAGAACAAGAACCGGCCGCUUUUGAUGACCAGAGCUCCAGCUUGAUCAAGUUGAAUAACGGGACGGUCCUGUAUUUAAGAGAAGUCAACAAGUUUCUCGCCUUAGUUUGUAUAUUGAGAGAGGAUAAUUUCGAACAGAAAGGAAUUAUCGAUUACAACUUCUUAUGCUUCCGAGACGCCAUUCAGCGAGUUUUUGAACUGAGGAACAAAAACAAUUCUCCCGGAACUAGUACCGCAAGCAACGUUGCCGUUACUAACACCAGCAACGACGAGAGCUCCUCGUGAAUGUUUCCAAUGCCGAAUACUGAAUACGUACCUGUUCAUCUUCGUUCGGAUCAACGCCUAGUUCCACAAUAAUUAUUAUUUAUGCCUUAGGUUUAUGUACAAAGCCACUUCAUUUUUAUACCUCGGAAGAUGUUUUCAAAAUAUUUUAUCUUGUAAAUAUAAGCUGAUAAGGUUAACGCUUGUUUUUGAUGCUCAAUACUAGUCAUGACAAUUUGAUGUUUGAGCGAAUCAUUUGUGUUUAUAUCGUAUAUUUUUUAAUCAGUUCUGUUCAUUCUUUAUAGUGUAGGAUCAUAAUUCAACGGUAACUCUUCAACAAGCCUGUUU